CUGGAGCACCAGGAGACUUGCACUCGGUUGAUAAGCGAGAUGCCCCGAGCGCGCAGCCCCAGUCGAAGAACGAUCGAGAUCCAGGAGCCUCCACGAGCUGCGCCUGCUGCGAAGCCACUAGCUAAGCCGCUGGUAUUCCGGAAGACCAAGCGAGAGUUGGAGCGAGAGCAGCAACGAGCACGGGAGCAGCUCGAGAUGGAGCAGAGGAAGAAG